GUGCGUUCCGAUAUAAUGCGCACGGCCGGGACUCGCUUCCCGAGCCAAACCUCAAUCCACUUUCUCAAGACGUCAACCACCCUUGAAGGGCUUGAAUCGCCGCCACUGUCGCCCGACUACUCUCCAAUCUCCUCUCUCUCCCCGACCCCGAGGAAGACACGAUGUUGCGGCAGGCUCUGGGUCGCUCGGCGUGGCGGGCAGGUCGGCAGGCCACCGUCGCUUGCCGGGCGUUGUCGACAACGCCUCAGCGGAACGCCGAGGUCGAGCUCACAAUUGAUGGGAAGAAGGUGUCAAUAGAAGCCGGUGCUGCCCUCAUCCAAGCAUGCGAGAAAGCUGGCGCUACGAUUCCAAGAUACUGCUACCACGAGAAGCUCAUGAUCGCCGGAAACUGCCGUAUGUGCUUGGUCGAAGUCGAGAGGGCGCCGAAGCCCGUUGCAUCAUGCGCAUGGCCCGUACAGCCCGGAAUGGUUGUCAAGACCAACUCGCCUCUGACGCACAAGGCCCGAGAAGGAGUGAUGGAAUUUCUGCUGGCAAACCACCCACUCGACUGCCCCAUCUGCGACCAGGGCGGCGAGUGCGAUCUCCAGGACCAGUCUAUGAGAUACGGUGCGGAUCGGGGACGGUUCCACGAGAUCGGGGGUAAGCGUGCGGUCGAGGACAAGAAUAUCGGGCCGCUCAUCAAGACGUCGAUGAACCGCUGCAUUCACUGCACGAGAUGUGUGCGGUUCGCCAACGACAUCGCUGGUGCUCCGGAGCUGGGUUCGACUGGCCGUGGCAAUGACCUGCAGAUUGGCACGUACCUGGAGAAGAACCUCGAUUCGGAAAUGUCGGGCAAUGUCAUUGAUCUCUGCCCAGUCGGCGCCCUCACCUCAAAGCCGUACGCGUUCAAGGCGCGACCUUGGGAGCUGAAGCGCACCGAGUCAAUUGACGUACUGGACGGUCUUGGUUCAAAUAUCCGUGUCGAUUCCCGUGGCCUCGAGGUCAUGCGCAUCAUCCCGAGACUUAACGACGAUGUCAAUGAGGAAUGGAUCAACGACAAGACGCGGUUCGCUUGCGACGGCCUCAAGACCCAACGGCUCACGAUGCCUCUGGUUCGUCGAGAAGGCAAAUUCGAGGCCGCCUCCUGGGAGCAAGCCUUGACUGAGAUCGCAAGCGCGUACCAGGUUUUGGCGCCCAAGGGCAACGAGUUCAAGGUCAUCGCUGGGGAGCUCACCGAGGUUGAGUCGUUAGUCGCCAUGAAGGAGCUUGCCAACAAGCUGGGUUCUGACAAUCUUGCCUUGGACAUGCCGUCCGGCAGCCAACCGAUUGCCCACGGUGUUGAUGUUCGGUCUAACUACCUCUUCAACUCGAAGAUCUGGGGUAUCGAGUCCGCUGACUGCAUCCUCCUGGUCGGAACCAACCCAAGGCAUGAGGCCGCCGUUCUCAAUGCCCGUAUCAGGAAGCAAUGGCUCCGAUCCGAUCUCGAGAUCGGCGUAGUAGGCGAGACCUGGGAUUCCACCUUUGAGUUCGAGCACCUUGGCGCCGACUUUGCCGGCCUGAAGAAGGCUCUAGCAGGACCUUUCGGCAAGAAGCUGCAGGCCGCCAAGAACCCCAUGAUCGUUCUGGGCUCUGGCGUCACGGAUCACGCUGAUGCCAAGGCCUUUUACGAGCUCGUUGGCGGUUUCGUCGACAAGAACGCGGCGAACUUCUUGACCGAGGAGUGGAAUGGCUACAACGUUCUCCAGCGCGCUGCUUCCAGAGUUGGCGCCUUCGAGGUCGGUUUCGUCACCCCGUCUGCCGAGGUUGCCGGCACGAAGCCCAAGUUUGUCUGGCUCCUUGGUGCCGAUGAGAUCAACGAGGCCGAGAUCCCCAAGGACGCGUUCAUUGUGUACCAAGGUCACCACGGUGACAAGGGGGCCCAGAUCGCCGACGUUGUCCUCCCCGGCGCCGCAUAUACGGAGAAGGCGGGGACCUACGUCAACACGGAGGGCCGGGUCCAGAUGACGCGCGCGGCGACAUCCCUGCCCGGCGCCGCCCGAACCGACUGGAAGAUCAUCCGGGCGGCGAGUGAGUUCCUCGGUGCGCCCCUUCCGUACGACGACGUUGCGCAGCUCAGAGACAGGAUGGUCGAGAUCAGCCCGGCAUUGGCUGCGUACGACGUGGUGGAGCCGGUUUCGCUUCAACAGCUGAGCAAGGUGCAGCUCGUGGACCAGAAUAAGGGCUCCAAGCCGUCGGGGGCACCACUAAAGAAGGUUAUCGAUAAUUUCUACUUCACGGAUGUCGUCUCAAGAAGCUCGCCUACGAUGGCUCGUUGCUCAGCAGCAAAGGCGACGGGGAACCCGCAGACCAAUUUCAUGGCCCAGGGAAUGGAUGACGACAAGCCGAUGGGCCAGGUUGCGUAUGGGGUAUAGGAUAAGACCUAGGCCUGGACAAGUUAGAAGACGUUGAAAAGCUAUCUGAAGCUCCCCCUUUUUUUCCCUUUGUGGUGUUGCUGCAUCAUUCUGUAUAUAUACGGGAGUAACGAGGUAGACGUUGAAAACGUAAAUAAGAUCUGAGCAGUUGUGUUUUUG